AUGAACUCAGACACGAGGAGUCCUGAGAUUAAAUCAGACACGAGGAGUCCUGAGAUUAACUCAGACACGAGGAGUCCUGAGAUUAAAUCAGACACGAGGAGUCCUGAGAUGAACUCAGACAUGAGGAGUCCUGAGAUUAACUCAGACACGAGGAGUCCUGAGAUUAAAUCAGACACGAGGAGUCCUGAGAUUAAAUCAGACACGAGGAGUCCUGAGAUUAACUCAGACACGAGGAGUCCUGAGAUUAAAUCAGACACGAGGAGUCCUGAGAUGAACUCAGACAUGAGGAGUCCUGAGAUUAACUCAGACACGAGGAGUCCUGAGAUUAAAUCAGACACGAGGAGUCCUGAGAUUAAAUCAGACACGAGGAGUCCUGAGAUGAACUCAGACACGAGGAGUCCUGAGAUUAAAUCAGACACGAGGAGUCCUGAGAUGAACUCAGACACGAGGAGUCCUGAGAUUAAAUCAGACACGAGGAGUCCUGAGAUGAACACAGACACGAGGAGUCCUGAGAUGAACUCAGACACAAGGAGUCCUGAGAUUAAAUCAGACACGAGGAGUCCUGAGAUUAACUCCGACACGAGGAGUCCUGAGAUUAAAUCAGACACGAGGAGUCCUGAGAUUAAAUCAGACACGAGGAGUCCUGAGAUUAACUCCGACACGAGGAGUCCUGAGAUUAAAUCAGACACGAGGAGUCCUGAGAUUAAAUCAGACACGAGGAGUCCUGAGAUUAACUCCGACACGAGGAGUCCUGAGAUUAAAUCAGACACGAGGAGUCCUGAGAUUAACUCAGACACGAGGAGUCCUGAGAUUAAAUCAGACACGAGGAGUCCUGAGAUUAACUCAGACACGAGGAGUCCUGAGAUUAACUCCGACACGAGGAGUCCUGAGAUUAAAUCAGACACGAGGAGUCCUGAGAUUAAAUCAGACACGAGGAGUCCUGAGAUUAAAUCAGACACGAGGAGUCCUGAGAUUAACUCAGACACGAGGAGUCCUGAGAUGAACUCAGACACGAGGAGUCCUGAGAUUAACUCCGACACGAGGAGUCCUGAGAUUAACUCAGACACGAGGAGUCAUGAGAUUAACUCCGACACGAGGAGUCCUGAGAUUAAAUCAGACACGAGGAGUCCUGAGAUUAACUCCGACACGAGGAGUCCUGAGAUGAACUCAGACACGAGGAGUCCUGAGAUUAAAUCAGACACGAGGAGUCCUGAGAUGAACUCAGACACGAGGAGUCCUGAGAUGAACUCAGACACGAGGAGUCCUGAGAUUAACUCAGACACGAGGAGUCCUGAGAUUAACUCCGACACGAGGAGUCCUGAGAUUAAAUCAGACACGAGGAGUCCUGAGAUUAACUCUGACACGAGGAGUCCUGAGAUGAACUCAGACACGAGGAGUCCUGAGAUUAAAUCAGACACGAGGAGUCCUGAGAUGAACUCAGACACGAGGAGUCCUGAGAUGAACUCAGACACGAGGAGUCCUGAGAUUAACUCAGACACGAGGAGUCCUGAGAUUAACUCAGACACUAGGAGUCCUGAGAUUAACUCAGACACGAGGAGUCCUGAGAUUAAAUCAGACACGAGGAGUCCUGAGAUUAAAUCAGACACGAGGAGUCCUGAGAUUAACUCAGACACGAGGAGUCCUGAGAUGAACUCAGACACGAGGAGUCCUGAGAUUAACUCAGACACGAGGAGUCCUGAGAUUAACUCAGACACGAGGAGUCCUGAGAUUAACUCCGACACGAGGAGUCCUGAGAUUAACUCCGACACGAGGAGUCCUGAGAUUAAAUCAGACACGAGGAGUCCUGAGAUUAACUCAGACACGAGGAGUCCUGAGAUUAACUCAGACACGAGGAGUCCUGAGAUUAACUCAGACACGAGGAGUCCUGAGAUUAAAUCAGACACGAGGAGUCCUGAGAUUAAAUCAGACACGAGGAGUCCUGAGAUUAACUCAGACACGAGGAGUCCUGAGAUUAACUCCGACACGAGGAGUCCUGAGAUUAAAUCAGACACGAGGAGUCCUGAGAUGAACUCAGACACGAGGAGUCCUGAGAUUAACUCAGACACGAGGAGUCCUGAGAUGAACUCAGACACGAGGAGUCCUGAGAUUAACUCCGACACGAGGAGUCCUGAGAUUAACUCAGACACGUGGAGUCCUGAGAUUAACUCAGACACGAGGAGUACUGCGUGCAACAAAGGAGGAGAAGACAUUCAGAGACUAUACCAGUACCAUGACAACCAGAGACCAUACCAGUACCAUGACAACCAGAGCCUAUACCAGUACCAUGACAACCAGAGACCAUACCAGCACCAUGACAACCAGAUACCAUACCAGAACCAUGACAACCAGAGACCAUACCAGCAUCAUGACAACCAGAGACUAUACCAGUACCAUGACAACCAGAGACCAUACCAACAUUAA